AUGCUCUCCCUACUAUUUCUUGUCUCAACAAUUAUCGUUUCUGCCUCUGCAGAUGGCUAUAAUUGUGCUGGAAAUUAUCUGAUCAAUCCGCCAUUGGAUUUAAAUGAGCCGUAUUACUACCCGGAAGGAUGGAGAGAAGGAAUGGAGCCAGCUAAAUAUGCAGGAUCACAAAUGUGCAACUGGCAAAUCAAUGUUCCAGAAGGAUUGUAUGCAACGGUCACUUUCUACAAGAAUACCGAAUCAGAAUCAGGAAUUAAUUGUGUUUAUCCAAAUGGACAACAGGAAUAUAUCGAAGACAAAGAACUAAAUCCAUACAUCUUCACAACUCCUCAAUUCCAAGUGAAUCUUCGAGUUUCCGAUAAACAAGGAGAGUUUUCAUUCAAAGUUGUUUGGUCUACAUAUCCACCAGCAUGCAAAAUCAACAAUGAACUGACUGAUUCCGGUGCUCUUUCGGCAGUUCCGAGUGAUUGUGUCUCCACUUAUACCUCUCCAAACAAAGUAAUGUUGAUUGGUUUCACACUUAAAGAUGAUUUGGAUGUGCUUCUUCGUCAAUCAGCAGUCUAUGAGGGUGACUCUGUCAAUGGAAAAUAUCUUGGAAACUUGUAUUAUGCAAGAUAUCAACAAAUUAUGUCAAGCACUAACAAACUGACAAUCUACACGUUUGGAUUAGAUAAAGUAUUCAAUUACACACUCUACAUGGGAAUGGAUAGUCAUGCCGUCGGAGAUGUUAAACAAUUCACUGGAAUGAACUGCCCAUCUAAUCCAGCAAAGGAUUGUUUCAUCACAUUAAAUGCCUACUACAAUAUCACUGCUAUUGCCACAAUUGGAAGACAACCCGACUUCUUGAAACAGUUUUUCCAGUUUCCAAGAGAAUCUACGUUGAAAAUCUAUGAGGAAAAAAUCAGUGACAGUAAUCUUCUUGCUACUAUUAAUCAAUCCAAUUAUCUCAAUCAAUUCCCAAUGGAAGUCAAGACGUCUCUGAAAAUCUAUCACUUGGAUACUGGAAGACUUUCUCUACCAGUCGCAAAAAAUGCAGAUGAUGCUCAAUACAGUACUGUAUAUGAUGGAAGAUACGUGAAUAUUCAUUCUUUCGAUUAUAGAAGAACAAGUUACACUCAGGAUACUUUGGAAACAUUCACAACUGAACCGAAUCAGAAAAUAUACUUCAAAUUCAAUGUGAAAUAUUUUGAUGUGAACGGACCAACCACUCUCGAUAUCAAAAUCUCUAGAGACGGAGCUGUUGUUUAUUCUGAUAGUUUCACCGGAUCCCAUCUUCCACCAGCAAAUACCCUGAAAGUUUUUGGAGAUAAAAUAUCUGUCAACUACCAAACUUAUGGAAACUACACCAAAGGAUUUGAAGUUGAUCUUCUUACUACAAAAAAUGAUGAUGUCUCUUCAUCUUCCACUCCCAGUCCGUCCAAUUCAUUUAGCACUGUUCAUCCUUCUUCUACUACUUCUAUUUCAACUAAAAUUGUUACUAUGUCAACUAGAAUUAGCUCUUCUACUCCUCCACCAACUUCUUAUUCUCCAAUCACCACAGCUACUGCAAAAACAACCUCGACAACUUCUAGAAUUAGUCCUGCACAACCUACAACCCCAGUUACCACAAUGACUGCACUCACCCACUUCACCAUUGCAGAAACUCCAACAACUGGUCCUACAGACAUGCCUGGAGGAACAACUACGACUGCUAAAUCACCUCCAGUUGUGUCUACAACUACAGUUGGAACUAUUACAGGAGGAACAACUGGAACAACAAGUGCAAUAACAAGAGGAACAACUCAAAGAUAUGAGACGACAACAAAAUCUGGAACCAAUCAAUUGGCUCUUGUUCCUCUUUUACUUGUUUUCAUUUCAAUUCUCUUGUGA